CAGGCACCAAACACAAGCACACGAUGAUGAGCCAUGUCGCGAGCUUCCGGGAGGCUCCCGUGAGCCAAGAUGUGACGCAGCCGAUCCGAGCGACAAUGGCACUUGCGGCGGGGCAGCCCAUCUUCCAGGAGGUGGCGCUUGUGUCGUCGACGUUUGGCGACUCGAUGGACGCUAACUGCUGCGACCACCACCACGACGUCGAGCUCGACGAACCGCAAAACGAGCCGUUGAACGACGACGAAGGUGAACGAGGACACCGCCACCACCCUCGACCGGCGAUCGUCCUCGAUGACGACGACGUGGACGCGAUGAGCCCUGCCGUGCUCGAUGCGUUCGACGCGCUCAUGAGUCACUGCAACAACGUGCCCGUCCUGAGCAUGGUGGACGUGCGCAAGAACUUGUUCAAGCUGCUCCGUCUGCACGAACUCGACCCUUCCCACGAGUCGCUGCUCCUUCUGCACACCCUCCCCAUCGACACGGACGACCUCGCUGCGUACGCAACCGCCGCCACAUCCCUCCGCGCCGCGUUCGCCGCCGUCGUGCCGUCCACGCUGUCGGAUGACGAUGUCGCACAUUUCAUUGGCGUGCUCAACCACAAGUACUGCCACGCACUCAACGAGAUUGAAGGCAGCGGGGUGUUUGUGUUUUCAAGUGUACUCACACACAGCUGUGUGCCUAACUGCAACCUCACGGUAACUGGCACGACCAUGUGGGUCACGGCCAUCACGGCCAUCGACGCUGGGCAGAUCCUCACGGUGGACGCCGCCGACCUCUUCUACCGCCCCGCGCACGAGCGCCGCCAGUUUCUAGCUGUAGACAAGAUCUCAUGUCAGUGCGACCUCUGUGGCCUGCGUGCCCCUGACCUCGCGCGGGCCUUCAAAUGCGUCAACUGCCCUGAAGGUAUCGUGCACCCCACUGGCAACAACUUCACAUGUGUGAAUUGUCUUGCGGAAUGGUCAACAAGCCAGAUCCAAGCAGCUGAAGCCCAAGAGUCAUCUGUGGUUGAGGAGUUGGAUGUGGUGACGCUGGCAGACCUGGACUCGUUCAUAGCGACGUCGUUACUGCAUCCAUUUCACUACAUCUUCUUUUGGGCACUUGAUGACUUACAUGCCAUGUGUGUCGACUCGAACGUCCCAGACACGGAUUUGGCCAAGAUCUACCGUCGGCUGCUCGAGUGCCUCAACUACACGCUGCCCUAUCCCCACGAUGAAAAGGUCCAGCAUUACGACCAUUUGGCCCAAACUCUGGUGGCCAUCGGGGACAUACCGGGCGCCGCCGCCGCCUACGAAGCCGCGUACACCGUCUCUUGCCUGUGCAGCGGCCGUGAUUACGAUGAGUCCCAGCUGUACCAUCGGCUCAUGUCGGACACGCCUACGACCAAGGAGGACCUUCUGCGUGUGUACAAGCAUGGCGGUGAACUAGAAUAACCGCAGGAAUGAAACAACCGCCUGAGCCAAUCAAAUCAC